AGUCAAGAGUCUUAUCGUUGACAACAAUUUUCUGGAAGACACUUAAUAUGGCCGACGCAGGUGAAGAGCAGCCUUUGCUCAGACCAAUUCUGGAGGAAGUUAUAAGCAAUGGCAAGCACGACGAAACUAUCCUUGACUUCGAGGACGGCGACUCGCGGAAUCCCAUGGAGUGGACUGUAGUGUACAAAUGGUUUAUUGUGUUUGUACUCGCAUUACAGGCGUUCACAGUAACAUUCACAUGCAUAGGCGUCGUUCCAGUAGCCAGCUCAAUCGUGGAAGAUCUCGAUGGAAAACAUGCAAGCUCAUCAACCAGUGCCCUACUCGUUACCAUUUGGGAGCUCGGUGAAGCGGCCGGCCCACUACUCAUUGCUCCAUUGUCCGAACUGUUUGGUCGCUACCCUGUCAUUAACGUCUGCAACAUCUUGUUCAUUGCAGCUACGUUGCUCGCAGCCAGCAGUCAGAGCACCAAGCUUUUCAUUGCUGCUAGGAUGCUCACGGGUCUUACUGUAGCAUCCAAUGUGCUCAACCCUGCGAUCGUCGGCGACAUGUUCGAGUCUGAGAAGCGAGGUUCGGCGAUGAGCUUCCUCAUACUCGCUCCCCUUAUUGGAAGUGCCAUCGGACCUACCAUCAGUGGCGCAAUUGCGCAGACCUUGGGCUGGCGGGAAGUCCUUUUCAUUGCUGCUGGUCUAGCUGUCGUGUGUGAGAUUCUGUUUCUCAUGUGCUUCAAGGAGACGUACAAGAUGGCGAUCCUCCGAAAGCAAGUCGCAAAACUACAACCGGAAAGCAGAGAAUUUGGGAUUCCUUCCAAAAGAAAGAGCAAACAUGAGAACGUUCUGAAGCUGUGGCAAUCAAUCACCCGGCCGGCAGCGGUGCUGUUCGGGUCUUCGGUACUGAUGCUUCUUUCGCUGUACGGGGCAGUGGUGUUCAGUUUCUUUUACGUGAUGUCUGUUUCGCUGCCAGUUAUUCUACAGGAGGUGUACGACUUCACGCCAGCACAAACUGGAGCAGCGUUUAUAUCAUUCAGCGUUGGUUCCUUCCUUAGUGUCAUGGUUUGCAACUUCGGCUUAGACAGGAUUUAUGUCAAGCUUCGCGGAUCCCAUGGCGACAACGGCAAACCUGAGUACCGCCUCCCACUCAGCAUCAUUGGUGGCUUUGCUAUGCCAUUUUCGAUAGCUGCGUACGGCUGGAUUGCACAAUUGCGGCUUCCUGUGCCUCUGCUAUUGGUUUCCGUAGGGCUCAUGGGAUUUACUCUCAUCCUGGCUGGUGUGCCGAUGUCUGCGUAUGUCGUCGAUGCGAGUGGACUUUACAGCGCGUCUGCCAUGACCGGAGUCAUUGUGACAAGGUGUCUGAUGGGAACAUUCUUGCCACUGACAUCUGGUCCUUUGGCUGAACAUCUUGGAUAUGGGUGGGGUUUCAUGUGUCUGAGUGCUCUGAGUCUGAGCAUUGCGGUGAUUCCUGUUUUGAUACUACGGUAUGGGGAGGUGUGGCGCCAGCGAUCUGUGUUCACCAGAGACGCGUAAUAGUUGUCUUUGAUCAUGUUUAGAGUAAGGGUGUUUCAAACUAUGGCACAUGAUAUUGCUAGAGAUAGAGAGUUAAAAACUAGAAGGCAUUAGACUUUGGGUUACAUUCAAAACAAGUUUCAUGGGGAAGGUUUGGAUACAAGACAUUUUCAGCCAAAAUUUCUUAGACAAGAUGUUUUCAAU